CACCUGCAAUCGGCAUCAGAAACAUCGGGGCCGGAUCCUACUUCGGUGGGAUUCGGGUUUCCCCAUGGGAGAGUCGUUGCGAAGAUUGUGUGUUAUGACACUUUAGUGCAAUACGCAGCAUGCGCCUGUCCUUGCUGACCAGGAAUGGUUGGUUGGGAAGGCGCAUCAUUCGAUUCCGAUUAUUCUGGUUGGGGUGGCGCUUCAUCUCUUUUUUCUUUCAGGUCAGUUUGUAUUUACCUUCUUUUCUCCCUCUUUGCGUUGGUGGUUUGGGACUGGAAAGGACUUGUUUUGCCCCUGCUAAUGAGUUGGGGGUUGGCCCUUUGGGCUUGAUAGGGUUGCUGUCAUGGUGUGAAGGGGUAAGGUGGAUGCUGUUGGUACCCUUGGGGCUUGUACUGGUGACAUGGAUGGAAAUCUGGCCUGGCAAUGUACUUUGUGGUCUACUGCGGAAUCAAAAUUGAAUCCGGUCACUCCGAAUCGUACACGACUUCGUAGUCACUGAAAGUAGUGGUGCUCAGGUAGCCUUGCGGCUACUUAAAUGGUCAUAUUACAUGGACCUCCGAAGAUAUGUCAGUCCUU